AGAGGAAUCCCUCAUACUCAUUCAUCCGGAAACGAGCAUGGCAGCCUUUACAGGCGCAGAGCACGGAAGCGGUCGACCGACAUGCAGCAGGAAUGGCAUAAUAGACGGACGCCCAUGGACUCUUUCACUGAACCCACGUCUAUCCUGCGAAUACAUGAAAGCACCGCCGGCCAGUGAGAAUCAUCAUCCUUCCCAAUGUAACUGUCGUUUAACAGGUUUUUUUUAAGACCAUGAAACAAUUUUCGUCCUUGUUCCCUGCGGCUUGCCGUGACGACGGUGUCGUGUUCGUGCGCAGGGCUCGCUGUUGCGCGACACUGCGGCACGAAUCCCCUCACUUUUAUGAAUAUGUAUCAAAACAGAAACUCUGGGUAUCGUAACGGCAACGCCAAUCGCAGAUGUCCGCAUGACUUCAGACGGCGGAGUGAUUGCCUAAAAUGAAUAGCCACCUCCACGGAACGCGGUCCGUCUCCUUGAUCGCGACAGGCCUCCUCGGGGCAGCGUUAGCCAUCCUGCGGUACACGGAAGGGCAGAAUCUGGCGGGGCGGUACGACAUCAAAACGGAGCAUGUGGAGUGCUGCCCGUCGGCAAUUCUGGACCGCCCGUUUCCGUGCACCGUCUCCCACGUCAGGGACCGGCAAGACCUGCGCAACGUUUUCUUCGCAAUCAACUUUACUAUGAAUCAUUCCUUCGAUGACUACAAAGACGCCCAGGUGGUGUACUCAUCCUGGAGCUCUCGGGGCGGCUGGAAGGAGAACGCCAUCGUCAUGAAGUUUCGCCGCGUGUGCACGUCACUGCGCAUCUACCUGCCAGGCGUUUGGAGGCAUUUCCUGGACCACACCACAGGGCCCACUGGACCCGUCCACGAGUGUCCUUUACCACCGGGCUCCUACGCGUACUACAAUUUCUCAAGUGGAGGAAUAACGCCAGCGAACAUCCCGAGUCUGUACUACGGCAAGUGGCGCGUUGACACGAGGGUUUACGACAGGCGGGAAACAUGCAUCAUGUGCAUCCGGAUGACGCUUCGCAUUUCCCCAAAGGCGAACCAGGGAUGACUGUCUGCAGGACGCGGAGCUUCGGUGUCAAACAUCACAGAGUUUGUCUCAUCGUCGUGAAAUCGAGCACCGAUAUUUCU